UAUGAUAUAACAAUCCAUCACAUCCAACCGAGCUAAGAAGUCUCCGCCCUCUUCUGACGUGACAGGAAGGAAGUAACCGAUCUGAACUACAGGGGGGAAAUAAUCGAAGAAAAUAUGGCACCUGGUUUGCAAAUUAAGAUUGGAAUUAUUGGAGGGUCAGGCCUUGAUGACCCAGACAUCUUGGAGGAAAGGACAGAGCGCUAUGUGGACACACCCUUUGGGAAGCCUUCAGAUGCACUUAUUGUGGGAAAGAUAAAAAAUGUGGAAUGUGUGCUACUGGCCAGGCAUGGCAGACAGCACACUAUAAUGCCUACUAAUGUAAACUACCAGGCCAACAUCUGGGCCCUGAAGGAAGAAGGCUGUACCCACCUUCUGGUCACCACAGCCUGUGGGUCUCUACGAGAGGAGAUUCAGCCUGGUGACAUUGUUAUUCUUGACCAGUUCAUUGACAGGACCACCAAGAGACCUCAAACAUUUUACGAUGGUAGGCCGAGUAGCCCACCCGGCGUGUGUCAUAUUCCCAUGGCCGAACCUUUUUGUCCCCGUACUAGGGAGGUGCUCCUGGAGGUGGCCCGUACCCUCGGGGUCAAGUGCCACCCAAGGGGUACGAUGAUUACCAUCGAGGGGCCGCGCUUCUCCUCACGGGCUGAGUCUCUCAUGUUCCGGCAGUGGGGUGCCGAUGUCAUCAACAUGACCACAGUUCCUGAAGUGGUGCUGGCCAAGGAGGCUGGCCUGUGCUAUGCUAGUAUUGCCAUGGCAACUGAUUAUGACUGCUGGAAGGAACAUGAGGAGGCGGUAUGUGUUGACAAUGUUUUGAAAACUAUGAAGGAGAAUGCCAAUAAGGCCAGCAGUAUCCUGCUCACAGCAAUCCCUCAGAUCUGCCAGAUGGACUGGGAAGCGACCCUAAAGACCAUGAGUGCAAUGGUGCAGUCCUCGGUAAUGCUGCCCAAACACUGAGAUAAGGUGGUCACCUCCUGCAGCACCGAUCCCGCAGCCUGUCUUCCGUCUUGCAUCAUAGUUUGAAAAAGUACAAAGUGCCUGAUGUGCAUGUUUAUGUGCAUGUGUCAUUCAUUCUUUGUACAAAACCACUAUCAUUUCUUUCAGACCGAGUACAUAUGUUUAUUUGUUCAAUAAUUUACAUUUUCUUUUAAAUACUCAAAACUUGAUUGUGUAUGCAAUAGGUCAGUCUGACAAAAUAAUAGAUCGUGUCUGUUUCAACAUAUUUUUUCUUUACAGAAUAAUCAUCAAAACAAAUAAGUUGUGGACCAGCUGCAUAGUUGCACAUAAUGUUAGAGUACAGCAGGGACAAGGCCUUUUCAGAUUGAUGUACCGUCCAUGAGACAUAAAUAGAUGUCAGUGAUAUCGGAGGAUAAAAAUGAGGUCAGAGUUAUGGGGUGAAACAGUUGCCGUUGAAACCUAGGGCAGUUCUCGAGUCACGUGUUUUAGAAUGCUUCAUGUAAAAUGGUAACAUUUCUCCAUUUUCAAGGCACAAUCAUAUUUUCAUUCUUUCAUUGGAAAAGAGUGAAAGGAAUGAAACUAUGGUUUAAAAAACUGAAAUAAUACAUGUGUAGACAUGCACUACCUGAACAAUUUGAAUUUGACUGAUUAUGUGUAGGUGCUGUUUCGGUAAAAUAUCUAUUCUCUCUGAAUGUUGCCACACUCAUUUUGAAACCGGAAGUUUAAAUCCAAAUGGUGGUCAAUAAAAACAAGUUUGUUUGCCAUGUUUCAAUACAAUACAAAGGUCUGAUAGAUCAAUGUAUGCCUGCCUUUGCUUUACUUAUAAGCCUUACUUUUAUGACAUUCAACUGAGUGAAUAAAACUUCACAAUUCCCUGUC